GGGUCGACCGGCAGAUUUCUGUCUGCUAUUCUUUUACAGGAUUUCCGACUACAUCAUUCGACAGUUGUACAGAAAGAACUUGCCUGAGUUGGACGUGCAAAGUUUGCAAGAAAUUUAAUUUAUAAUUAUUAAUUAGACUCUCUGUGCUCGAUUGCAGUUAAGAAACAAAAUGAACAAGCUAAUAUUAUGCGGAUUUUUCCUCUCCAUCUUUGCCAUCUUUGAAAGUUACGCACUCAAAGCAUCAGAUUGUGAAGUUUGCUUUGCUGUGGUUGAAAAAUUUGCAGCGGGAUUGACAUCAGAUGAAAAGAAAGACUCAAAAGUCAUUGAAAACAAAUUCAGAACCUAUUGUAAAACAGCUAAAAAUAAAGAACACAGAUUUUGUUACUAUCUCGGAGGCUUGGAAGAGUCAGCUACUGGAAUCCUAAGUGAAAUGGCCAAACCCCUCUCUUGGUCUACACCUGUUGACAAAGUUUGCGAGAAGCUCAAGAAAAAGGACAACCAGAUUUGUGACUUGAGAUUUGAAAAGAGCAUUGACGUUAAAACCGUUGAUUUGAAAAAACUGAAAGUUCGAGAUUUGAAAAAGAUUUUGAGCGACUGGGAUGAAACCUGUGAAGAUUGUAUCGAGAAAGGAGACUUCAUCAAGAGAAUAGAAGUUCUCAAACCUAAAUACGUCAGGGAAGACUUAUGAAAUUUGACUAGUUAAACAUAUAAAUUAGGUUAAAUUGCUCUUCUAUUGUGUCUACGUUUGUGUCCAGAAAUAAUAUUUCAUUUGUUUUUCAUACACAUGCAAGUGUAACGUU